AUGUCCUUCCGAUUACAAGUCACAGAUCCCGUCAAAGAUAAAAUAUCAAUGUUGGAAGUCGAAUAAACACUUACUGUAUUGGACUUAAAAGCAUUAAUAGAAGUUGAAGUAACCUUUAUUCUUAAAUCCAAGUUCCAAAUAGCUGUCGCUCGACAAUAAUUGAUCUAUGGAGGAAGAUUAAUGAAUGAUAAUGAUACUCUCUCAAAAUAUAAUAUGCAAAAUGAAGAUUUGGUUCUUAUUGAAAGGAAACCCAAAUAGUAAAGAACCCCAUUGGAAUUGGAAGCCAUCAAAUUCAUUAAGCAUUUCCAACAAAACCCCCAUUUGAUUGAGGCCAUCAGAAUCAAAGAUCCCAAACUUGCAGAAUCAAUAGAAAAAAAGAAAUUAGCAGGUGUCAUGGAAUACAUUUAGAAUUAACAAUAAAAAAAAUUCUAAGAGUAACAAGAAUACAUCAGGAAAAUGUAACAAUUGGAGUAGGAUCCUCUAAACCCUGAAAAUCAGAAGCUAAUUGAAGAAAUGAUCAACAAAAAAAAUAUUGAAGAAAAUCGAGAAUAUGCAGAAGAAUACAUUCCAGAAAGUUUUGGAACUGUUACUAUGUUAUACAUUGAACUCUCAAUAAAUCGUCAUCCAGUAUAGGCCUUUGUUGAUAGUGGUGCACAAAGUACAAUCAUGUCCAAAGCAUGUGCAGAGAGAUGUGGAAUCAUGAGAUUGGUUGAUACUCGUUUUUAAGGUAUCGCUCAAGGAGUGGGUACAUAAAAAAUCAUUGGAAGAAUUCAUGUCGUUGAAAUGUAGAUAUUGGAUCAAUUUUUGCCAUGUUCUUUGACUAUUUUAGAUGGAGAUGGCAUCGAUUUCCUGUUUGGCUUAGACAUGCUCAAACGAUAUUAAUGCAAUAUCAAUUUGAAGGAUAAUUGUUUAAUCUUUCCAAAUGAAAAAUUGAGCGUUUAAUUUCUUCCAGAAGGCUAAAUUAAUAAAAGAAUAAGUAUUUAAUAGGAAGAGGAAAUCUUAAAAAGACAAAACAGUGACUCAUAGAUACAAGAGGAGUAGCCUAUCAAAACCUCAAAUCAGCCAUAAUAGCAAUAAUAACCAUAACCAUAAUAAUAAUAAUAGCAAUAAUAAUAACAAUAAUAAUAAUAAAAAUAAUAAUAACCAAGUGCGAUUAAAAGUAAUUCCAGAUAUCCAGAAUCUUCAAUUUAGGCAAUUAUCAAUCUUGGUGUCACUAGAGCUGAAGCAAUAGUUGUAUUGGAUUAAACAAAUGGAAAUAUAGAACUAGCAGCAUCUAUUAUAAUGUAGUAAAAAUAUGGUUUCAACUGA